AUGAAAGCUAUUUCGAAGUAUCGCGUUCAUGAUAGUUUGGAAGAUUGUCAUUUUUAUACCGCUGAUGAUUUAACCAUUGUGUUAGACGAAGAUGUGAAUAAAUUCCUCAAAUUUCCAUGUCCUCCAUUUAAUUUGACAAGAAACAGUCGUUUCAAAUGUGCAACAACCGAUCAAUGUGUUCCCCGGUCAUUUAUUGGUGGCCAGAAAUCAUUUUGUGCCGAUAAAUCGGAUAAAUUCUAUUUUGGUAAUUGUAAACAGUCUUUAGACUUCGGCUGUCAAUUUCUUCGUGACCUUGCUUAUCCACCUGUUUAUUUCAUUUUUCAAGAAAACUGUAAUGACUUUCAUAAAUUACCGUUCAAUGUUAAUAAUGAAACGGAUGAAACAAAUUGUGAAGAAUGGCCUAUCGUCUACAAACAGCAAUAUCAGCGAUGCAACGGUGUUUGGGACCAAUCAAAUGGUGAAGAUGAACUGAAUUGUCCAAAUACAACAGUUACGUUUAUUAGAAAAAAAAUAUUAAAAUGUAAUGAAAGUGAACACUAUUGUGCCAGAAUCGAUCAACACGGUCAAAUGGGUUGUUUACCAGUUAAUAAAGCAGGCGACGAAGUAACCGAUUGUCUAGGAGCAACAGAUGAGCGAACAACAAAAUGUAUUGAUGAGGAAGAAAAGCCAUUUUAUUGUUACAUUGACAAAUAUAGUGGAAUGUGUAUGAAAUUUCUACUUGAUUUAUCCUUAUCCUGCGCCAAAGCAAAAUGGGCAUUGGUUUAUUCGUCUAGAUGCAUUUUCUGUGACAAAAUCCGCCGUUUAUUUGAAGCAUCGUGGCUGUACAACCUAACAUUUCGGUUUCUGCCUGUCAGUCGUCUUGCAUUACAUUUAACACUUAAAGACGUUCACGAAUGCAAUACAGUGCUUCGACCAUGUGGUAGUCAUGGUCAUUGUAGAAAAUAUUUGAAUCCACCCAACAAUGCAUAUUGCCAAUGUAAACAAGGUUGGACAGGGGAGCAUUGCAAUAUCACAAGCACAUGCUUGCAAUCAAAAUGUGCCAAUGGCGGAAGAUGUGUUAGCGGAUACUCAAAUCAUGUAAACAUCUGCAUUUGUCCCCUUGGGAAAAUAGGACCGGAUUGUUGCGCACAGUUUGAUCCGUGUAAACAAGUUCAAUGUCAAAAUAGAGGUACAUGCAUUCCGCUCGAUGACCGAUCAUCCUAUCAAUUCAUCUGCCUCUGUCAACAUGGUUAUUAUGGAACUCUGUGCGAGUUUAUUUCGGCGUCUGUUGAAAUUCGUUUUUCAAAUAAUCUUCAAGGUUUGUUGAGAGUCAUCAUCUUUCAUUUUGUUGCUCUACAACAAGGUACACCUGGUGUAUUGUUCGUUCAAAAUCGUUUCAUGUAUAAGAAUGUACUAUUGGAGAGACAAAUGCAUAUUUUCAAUCACGGUCAACAAUUCCUUCCGGCUUUUCUUGUAGUUCAAGUAUUUUUUGAUCUAAAUCGAUUUGAUUAUUAUCUAGCAAUGGUAAACCCACAAGAACAGCAAAAUCACCUUCAUACCAAAAUAGUUCAAUCAAAUCGUUGUCCAUAUGUUAAUGAACUUCUGAAAAAUGAUAGUGAACCAAUUCAAAAGUAUCCAUCAAUGAAAAAGAUCAAAUAUUAUCAUCGCGCAUGCAAAUUGAAAAGCACAAAAUGUUUUGUUGACGAAGCACACAUCUGUUUCUGUAACAAACAUCGAUCACCUGAUUGUCUAGUGUUUCUGCAUGAGCCAACAAACUGCACAACAGAUUAUUGUCAAAAUGAUGGACACUGUGUCCAAAGUCAACAUAAUGGCAUCUGGGACUUUGGUUGUGUUUGUACCGGGUGUUCAUAUGGUGCUUUGUGUCAACUGAAGACAUCUCAAUAUGUGUUGUCAUUAGAUGCCAUGCUUGGUGCUGAUCUUUUAGAAGAUGUACCACUAAUCCUUCAGCCACGGCUGAUUAAAAUAACCUUGACAGUCGUUGUACUUAUGUUUAUACUUGGAUUUGUCUCGAAUGCUUUAUCGCUAAUCACAUUCUGGCAACCAAAAACGCGCGAAUUCGGUUGUGGCUUAUAUUUGUUUUGUUUGCCUGUUGUCGGUCAAUCAGCUCUGUUAAUAUUCGGUGGUCGGUUCUUUUAUCUUCUUGCAACACAACUAAAUGUUGUGGAUGACUUGAAAGUUGCUCUUUGGAGUUGUAUUGGUCUUGAAUAUUUUCUUGGUGUUUGUCCGGCUCUCUUUGACUGGUUAACCGCGUGUGUUGCGACUGAACGGAGUAUCAACAUUGUCAAAGGGGCUCAGUUCAAGAAGAAAGUGAGUGUCAAAUGGGCAAAACGCGUUAUUCUUAUGAUCGCUGUGCUUGUUUGUGCCAGCUCGUGGCAUGAACCGUUCAUUCGACAAUUAACCGAUGAUCCUCGCUCGUCAGCGCACGCCUGGUGUAUUGUCAAAUUUCGAUGGUCGUGGCUCAAAUAUUAUCGUCUAAUAGUCUCACAAAAUCGAGGUGGUGGCUGUUGA